AUGGCGGCCGGGGUCGGGGGGCGCCCAAGAUGGCGGGCGGCCUCGGGGGGCGCCCAAGAUGGCGGCCGGGGUCGGGGGGCGCCCAAGAUGGCGGCCGGGGUCGGGGGGCGCCCAAGAGGCAUUGGAAAAGGCUGCCCAGGGAAGCUGUGGAAUCACCACCCUGGAGGAACAGAGGAAGUGGUCUACGGGAAGGUCGGAGGAACCAUCCUCCUUUUAUGCCGAAAUGUCUCCAAAGAAGCAACCGAGGUGGUCUGGUUUCAGGGGGACCCACACUCAUUUCCCCCGCUCUUCUCCUCCAAGGUGGCCUUCCCCCCCGACAUCCGUUUCUCCCUGGUGGACAACAGCUCCCUGCGCAUCUCCGAGCUGCGUCUGCAGGACGAGGGCAACUACACCUGCAAGGAGGUGCUGAACAAGACAGACCACGAGCACAGGGUCCAGCUUCUGGUAGCCAAUCCACCGCACUCAACCCCAAAAUGCUGGGCUGAAACCUCCUCAUCGGGGCUGAUGCUGCAACUGUUUUGCAGCUGGCCUGGGGGGUACCCCCACCCCACCCUGCACUGGAGAGAAGAGGGGCAUGAUCUGGAGAACUCCAGCUGGGUCAUCAGCUCCACGAGCUCCUCGGACACCCAUGUGGAAACACUGAACAGCUCCCACCUCUCCCACCACAAAGUCUUCAAGUGCGUGGGGAGCCACGUCGUCAACCAGGAGGAGCCUGCAUGCACUGUGGAGAUAAAAAUGCCUUCUCUGGAAUCGGAGGCACCAAAGACCUGCUUUGUUGGUGACGAUGUGACCCUGACGUGCCGUGUGACGGAGAGCACCCCGGCGGCCAGGAUCACCUGGCUGCGGGACAUCAGCCGGCCCGAGGUGGAGAUCCAAGCUGGAGGGAGGUACCUCAUCACCCAGGAGGGGAACGUGUCCCGUCUCACCAUCCGGAACUGCUCCCAGGACACCGACGGGGGCUGCUACGUCUGCAAGGCACAGAACCCCGUGGGGCUGAGGGAGCUCUUCGUCUGCCUGACGGUGACGCAGCCGGUGAACAUUGUUGGGGUUGUGGCUGCAGUGCUGGUCCUGUCCCUGGUAGCUGUUCUCACCGUCGUCAUCGUCAUCUUGUACUAUGAUCCCCUCCUGUGCCUGAGAGGUGCUGCAUUCAGGAACCAGGACUUGGGUGAUGUCUUAGUGCUGGUGGACUCCGAAGAUGAGGAUGAGGGGAAGGGGGAAGAGGAGACCAUGAACGGCUCCACCAAGCACAAAGCAGUGGCACUUGUCAACGGGAGCAGCGUCCCAGCUGCUUACCUCAACUGCCUUAUGGAAGGUGACGAUGGCGAGGAGCACAGCAGGGUCUCUCCACAGGAAAGGAAGGAAGAAGAUACGCGUGGCACGUAGAUCCCAUCCCUUCCUGCAGAAGCACGUGGAGCUGGACAUCAAGCAUGUCCUGGUUGCCCUGUGGACGAGCGCGGGCCGUUGGUGUCCCUCAGCAGGCUGGUGUGGUCAGGGCAUCCCCACAUCUUCCUCCACUGGCCCCUUCCCCAGCUCUCACCCCAUCUGUCCCCAGCCCUGUUUCUCCAUUUCUCCUCUUUUCAUCUUCCCCUUUGCCUCGGGUGUCCUUUUUAACACCCAGCGCAGGCAGAACCAGGGAGGUGGGUCCCAGUUGCCCGCUCACCUCGAUGCCUGUGGCGGACUCAGACACCAGUACGGUGUCCCAGUUGCCAUCAGCAGCACUGGGAGUGUGGGGAGUGAGAUGGAGACAGUUGCCAUGGGGCCACCGUGGCCCCGGGAUAACGAGACAAACAACUGGUGCACGGGCAGGACGUGGGUGGU